CCCUCGGAGCUCUCCACCCAGUCCCUCCAUGUCUGUAGCCAGCAAGCGUUUCUCUCAUCAUGAGUUCUGAAUUGAAUGUUCCAGUGGAUCCUUCCACUCCUGCCUGCUGCUCUGAGCCUGGCACCAAAGGAAUGGAUUACCGGGACUGGGUGCGGCGCAGCUACCUGGAGCUGGUCACCUCCAACCACCACUCUGUGCAGGCCCUUUCCUGGAGAAAGCUGUACCUGAGCCGAGCCAAACUGAAAGCCUCCAGCAGAACCUCUGCUCUGCUCUCUGGGUUUGCAAUGGUUGCCAUGGUGGAGGUGCAGCUGGAGGUGCAGUACAAGUACCCCCAGAUGCUGCUGAUCGCUUUCAGCGCCUGCACCACGGUGCUGGUGGCCGUUCAUCUCUUCGCCCUCCUCAUCAGCACCUGCAUCCUGCCCAACGUGGAGGCGGUGAGCAACAUCCACAACCUGAACUCCAUCAGCGAGUCCCCCCACGAGCGCAUGCACCCCUACAUCGAGCUGGCCUGGGGCUUCUCCACCGUCCUGGGCAUCCUCCUCUUCCUUGCCGAAGUCGUGCUGCUGUGCUGGAUAAAAUUCCUGCCCGUGGGCUCCAUCCUGAAAAACGAGACCACCAACGGCGAGAAGCCCAGCGGGCACGCGGGCUGGCAGUCGGCGCUGGUCUCCACCAUCAUCAUGGUCCCGGUGGGGCUGAUCUUUGUGGUCUUCACCAUCCACUUCUACCGCUCCCUGGUGCGGCACAAAACGGAGCGGCACAACCGGGAGAUCGAGGAGCUCCACAAACUGAAAGUGCAGCUGGAUGGGCACGACAGGGGCAUGCAGGUCGUGUGA